UUGACCGGAUAGUGUCUAAUUCCUUCACCACAAAAAUAUCCAUGUAGUCAUAAUGAAGUAUAUACGCAGUGCGAAGCGAAUUUACCAGAAGUCUCAAAGUUGAGGUACUAUAACGAAAACACCAAAACCCUUAGUCUAUUACAACGUCGACCCUGACAAGGAUUGAGCCCCUUCAGAUGACAUCACGACAACGUAGUGCGGGGUCUUAUAAAUAGUAGAAGUCUCAACAUUUACAGCAUCUUCCUACAUGCCUAUAAAACUUCGACUUUAUAAAGCCGCAGAUUUUUUACUUCGAUUUUGAUAUCGACGCUAAAAACUGACAAGAUAAUGCGUUCACGCAUCUGGGUCUUUCUCUUAACAACGGUGGCUACAGCCGCCGAACGCCCGCCCGCGAAGCAAGCCGUCAUCGUAUCUCAUCUGGAAAAUUCCGAUUUGUACAAGGUCCAACAUAAAUUAAAAAAGGCAGAUAUUUUCUCAACGGUUAUUGACAAGUUCCUCCCAUCAUUUCUCCUUGACGCGGAAUGGCCAUCUGGGGAAAGCGCAAAAUUGGGAAACACCCUGAAGGUAGAUGAGGUCCAAGAUGAGCCCUCCAUCAUAGUGCACCGCGGCCAUCCCGCUUCGUCGUCAGCAACCGGAGAGGGCUCUGGUGUAACCUACGCUAUUAGCAUCACAGAUCCGGAUGCUCCCUCGCGCGACAAUCCGGAAUGGUCCGAAUUCUGCCACUUCAUCGCUACUGGUGUAGAGGUUCCUUCGGAGUCUUCCGAUAUCUUUCGUUUAUCCGACCUAGAGGAUAUCAUUCCGUACAAACCGCCCAGCCCGCCACCAAAGACCGGGAAACAUAGAUAUGUGUUCCUUCUAUUUGCGCCUAAGAACGACACCACGGAUCCGUUGCACUUAUCCAAGCCAGAGGAUAGGAAGCAUUGGGGCACGGGUAAGGAGAGGCAUGGUGUGAGGGAUUGGGCAGAGGCAAAUGGUCUUAAGCCUGUUGCGGCGAAUUUCAUUUAUGCGCAAAAUGAAGAACAAUGAAUUCUUCCAUAUGUAACAUCCAAUGAAACAGGUUAAACUGAUGUAUACUUUAUUGCUACUUCUUAAAUGCUGUAGUGAUAUCCAUUAACCGCUUCGUAACUUAACAACCCCGAUCGACCCGGAUCCUCAU